UGACAACUUUACUAAUCGUGGCUUCACGCAUCCGGAACUGAAACAAAACAUCAGGGCUCAGGCACGUUUAUUCUUUGAUUCAGAUUGCAAUUCGAAUUCGGUGUGGACGGAAUGGAGGUCCGCUUCACGCGAGGCAAAUCUGCGAUCCUCGAGCGCUCGAUCACGCGUCCUAAAACGGAGGUGAGCGUGAGUGCGUUCGCGCUGCUGUUCUCCGAGAUGGUGCAGUACUGCCAGAGCCGCGUGUACUCGGUGUCUGAGCUCCAGGCCCGGCUGGCUGACAUGGGUCAAGGUGUGGGAGCCAGUCUUCUCGAUGUUCUUGUGAUGAGGGAGAAAAAUGGGAAAAGAGAAACCAAAGUAUUAAACAUACUUCUCUUUAUUAAGGUAAAUGUGUGGAAAUCUUUGUUUGGCAAGGAGGCAGACAAACUGGAACAAGCCAACGACGAUGACAAAACAUACUACAUCAUUGAAAAGGAGCCAUUGAUCAAUGCCUACAUAUCAGUACCUAAGGAGAACAGCACUUUAAACUGUGCGGCCUUCACUGGUGGCAUUGUGGAGGCUAUCCUAACCCACAGUGGCUUCCCAGCCAAAGUCACGGUCCACUGGCAUAAGGGAACCACUCUGAUGAUCAAGUUUGAUGAGGCAGUCAUUGCUCGAGAUAAAGCUCUUGAUGGCAGAUAGCAGAUUGAUCAGAAUCAAGUCUCAAGGUUUACCCUCGAGUCUGGAGUCUAAAUAGGAUUUAAGUUGAAUUGAAUUUUCAUUCAUUUUUAUAGCUAACAAAUUCACUGCAUCUAGCAUCUCAAAUAACUUCAUGCCUGUAUCUGGCUCUCUUGCUUUAUUAAUGAUGUUACAGAAUAUAGAUGAGGACAGCACAGUCACCUCACUAGUCCAAAAAAAAAAAUGUCUUUACUGAUACACUAAUGCAGUGAAGGGUUAUACAGUUCUUAAUCUUUGGAUGUCCAUUUUGCAUAUGUACUGAAACAAAGCAUGCAUAAAUUGUAAUAAUUAAUCAAUUAAAUCAGAAUUGAAUAGAUUGUUAGGUUUGGUUCUCAUUGAGUUGAGGAUAAAAUGUGCUGGAUUUUUCCAAAAUUUUGCGGACAAUGUACAUAUGGCAAAAUUAAAUAUGUAUAUGAAGUUUUAUUUACAGCAUUAAUUAGAUUUGGACUUCUUGAUCAUUUUUGUAUUAUAGAGGAUUGAUCUAUGUAUCUGUGUUUCAUUUGUUCUUUCAUUGUCUUACAAUAUAAUAAAGUCUUUGUAAAUUGCAUGAA